UUAUAUCGUAUUCCAUAUUACGAUCUUCAGCGAGUUUACUGAACUUCUGCCUAUGGCUGCUACGUAAAUCCUUACUUACGUACGUGGGACUUUGAGAAAAUUCAAAAACUUCAUUUUAAGACAAUUCGAUUCGCAUCGCUUGUUUCUAUCUUGAGCGACGGACUGGUCAUUACCAUGUAUUUCUCAUUGACGCCGGACGAACUGAUUUGCGAGCAAUUUAAAAUUGUGGCUAUUCGAAGGAGAGCCGCGACCCGCGAGAGCACCUUAUUAUACAGUUAACCAGAUGGAUUAUGCGGGUACCGGCUAUACAAUCCUUUAAUUUCGACCCACGCCUAACCCAUCGAAACACAUUCGGAGCUAUGGCAAAUAUCUUUUCUAUAGCCCAUAACUCAAUCGCCGAGUCACAGCCAGCCAAAAAAAAAGCCAAUCGGCAUGAAAUUCAACAGGGCGUCAAGACCUUUUUACUUCUGACGUAUAUCCGGCGAAUCUUGAAAAAGAUAUCCGAUAUGAAUUUAACGGAACCCAUAUGAAACUACACGAAAAAAGCCGUCAUACAAAUAUUAAGGAUCGGCAAGGUUUGUCAACGGUCAAUACCAACAAUACAAAUUUACUCGACUCUAUCCUUAGCCGUAGGAAACUCAAUGAACGUAGGUUCGUUCACCUUUUUCCAACCUUAUUUCAAUAUUCUCCAGUUCGCAAUAUUUUUUUGUCUUCGUCAAAUAAGAAAAGGGUCCCCGUACCAAUAACCGUGUCGACUGUUAACCGCCUACUGGUAAAACUGUCACUUAGGCAAUUAAUGACGCUAAUGAGCCACUGACCUGUCUUCUUUAGUCUUUUAGCCAGGCCAGAGUCCCAGAGCAUCAAUGGAAAACGAAUGGACCCGCAUGGUAUCUCGUAAAAGCCGACACAGUUAUGGGUCGGCAUGGAAGGAACGACUAUACGUAGGAAUUUAUUUGGUUCGGCUGUUCAAAUUGGCGAAUUUCAUUGGGAGAGGGGGGACUCGGAGCCUCCGAGCCUUCGGAUAUAAUACACACCGCACUUCUUACUUACUUCUGUACAACCAGGAUAUCGGCUUCCCUCGCAGUAGAGUUAAAUCGGCAACCUGAAACCCUUUUGGCAGUGACCGUGUAUCGGACGUCUUGACUUAGUAGUUACUCCUUACGAUUCCUACGCGCAUUUACAGAAUAGUCCAUUUUUUUGGAUUCAUCCUGCACACUUAUUUUUCCUUAUAACUUAUUGAUCAUCGACCGUUCAUGACGUCCCGAUCGAAUGCCGCGAUGAUCCUGACGAUUAAAGUGUGUUGUCUGGGUUUCCUAGUGAGUUUGACAAGAGGCCGCGUGGUUCGGCCAUUCUAUAACGAUUCGCCUGAACCAAGAUCGAUUCUUGGGAGCAAUCACGUUAAUUACAAGAACGUCGAGGAAGCGACAAUGUUCCGGGAAGUUGAGGAAUCUCGAGAGAGGAAGCCACGUCUCUCCCUGGCCGAUUGGUCGGCUUACAACUUGCGUGAGCCAAACGGCCGUGGUUCCUACGCAUUCGGUUACGACAACGUCGUCGAUCCGUCGGGAAACGAACAGUACAGGAACGAAGAAAAACUCGAAAAUGGAACGGUAAUCGGUGAAUAUGGUUACACGGAUUACAAAAAUAAUCAAAUAGUACGUGUUUCCUAUACGGCGGAUACACGUGGUUACAGGGCGAAAACCGAAAUUCUACCCCUGGACGAAUUGGUGGCGAGAAGUAUGGCUUAUGGUAUAAGACGAUAAAUAAACAAGUUGUAUUUUACUGCUCACGUAUUUGGAAGAAGCAGGCUGCAAUGAAUCGUCUGCGGGAGAAGCUACUAUAUUUACGGGAGUGCAAAUCAUAAUAAUUUUAAAGCAUGUAUUUAUUUGUUCCAAUUAAAAAAAGAAAGAAAAAUAAAGGAUUAAUUUGAUAUCUUUAUCUUAUUUCAUAACGGACUCAUAACGUCUAUGCUCACUCGACGCAUGUAAUUUUGCCGUGACUUUCGUAAAUUGUGUUUUUUUUUCUCCAAAUGUCAAGAUGCCGCGUUAGUGAUUCUCCAAAAGAUCGUAAAAGUCGGACGUUUUGUAUCUGGUAAAUUUCGUGGGAAUAAAUUGUCGCGAAUCGUAAAACAAGGUGGGAAUAACGGGCGCGUCAUUCGUCAAUUUCGUAAUCAUAAGUGAAUAACCGAUAAACGCGUGACAAUAAUAUGCGGGUAAUUAAAAAUUCCACAUAAAAUGUUUCGUACGGAAUCAUCAAACAGUUUGAGGUCCUGUCGUAAAAAUCAAUUGAAAAUAAGUAAUCGAUUGGUAUAAUAUCCGAUAAAGUCCUAUUUUUAAAUUACGCGUAUCUCGUGAAUCGCAUGCAAGUUCCUUAAGAAGAAAUGGAGGGAAUCAACCGUUUCUCUAGAACAGAUGAAAAUUUUGUCAACAGUCACAAAGACAGGAAAACACUGGCUAUGGGAAAUGCAGACGAGGACGAGGAAGCCGAGGAGGAGGAGAGAGAGAAAAAAUACAAAGAACGUGAAAUUUUAAGAUACCCAAGGAGCAGUCUGUGCACUGUCUGUCACGUUGAGGCAAUUAACGCGAACCCUGACGAUUUUUCUAAUCGAUACGAGCCUCUGGCCUGUUCGCAGGGACAUUUACUCUGUUACAGAUGCAUAAAAAAAUUUGCGAUACGAUCAGACGUUGGCUGCAUUCUGUGCGAUGUGGAAUCACAACGCUCGAAUUCCAGUUGCUCCAGAGACAGUAAUACGAGUCUUAAGAAAACGAAUAAACCAUACGAAGUACAGAAUGUUAUGUCGGGGAGUAACGUGCACGAUUAUCACGUAAAUCCAUGGGUCAGAGGGUAUCCAUCGAUUUCAAAACCGGUGCCGAAAAAACGGCAGCCACGUUACGGCAGUGCGAUGCACGGCAACGAUUCUACGACCGAUUGGGAAACCGAUUUGACGGAUACACAUGACAGGCGAACUGUGAACGAGGCCAGACAGCAGAGUAGCUACUGCAGUAUAAUUAAAGACGAGGAACAGGUGUCGCCAUCUCAAAUGAAAAUUGGCAAUCAAGGAACUUCGGAAUGUUCUCGGCGUCCGAUUCGCUGUCCACGAUUGGACUGCGCGGUAAAUGUAGCAUUUUCAUCUUUGACUCAUCAUUUCCUGUUCGAUCAUCCGGAAGUGCCGAUUCUCAAUGUGGAGCCUGGAGCUAAGAGCACUUUGAUUGUUAGUUUCACUGCGCUUUCCUGCGAUUCCAGUAGAUGUCUGGCCCUCUUGCUGGUAUCUGGUAAACUGUCAGGCCCUGCUACGCGACUAUUUAGCAGUGGACAAAUUCAACAGAAAUACAAAAACAGACUACCGCUACCUGUCCUUGCUGCCCGUUUGCAUAGUACUAGCAGGUACUGUAGUCACAAUGAAGGUCACGCAUGUGGCGAAGGUCAUGACGAGGGGGACGUGAUAAUUGCCUGGGUGGCUGGGUUGGAUAUUGGCAGUAGCACACGACCCCUUAAGUGUAGUAUACAGGCAGUAGACAAUAUCGAUAACGAAGGUUUCCGUUCGUUGACCUACACGGGACCAGUGAAUUCCUUAAGAACUGCUCAAAAACCACGAGAAGUAUUCUUGAGCGGCGAUUGCGUGAUUCUUCAUGAGGGUCUUAUCAAUCAUAUCACUUCCGACUGUACCAGUCUCAACGUGAACGUCAUAAUUCAUUGAUAUUCGCAUAAUCGACAUCGCUUGCGGACA